GCCGGAUGGAAGGGAGGGGGGAAGGCAAGAUGGCGGAGCUGGGGAAAAAGUAUUGCGUGUACUGCCUGGCCGAGGUGACCUCGCUCCGGUUCCGCUGCACCGAGUGUGCCGACAUCGAGCUCUGCCCGGAGUGCUUCUCGGCCGGCGCCGAGAUCGGCCCGCACCGGCGCUGGCAUGGCUACCAACUGGUGGACGGCGGGCGGUUCACGCUGUGGGGCGCCGAGGCCGAAGGCGGCUGGAGCAGCCGGGAGGAGCAGCUCUUGCUGGACGCCAUCGAGCAGUUCGGCUUCGGCAACUGGGAAGAUAUGGCUGCUCAUGUUGGAGCAUCACGUACUCCUCAGGAAGUGAUGGAACACUAUGUAAGCAUGUACAUCCAUGGCAACCUGGGAAAGGCCUGCAUCCCUGACAUCAUUCCAAACAGAGUCACUGACCACACCUGCCCAAGUGGCGGUCCGCUUUCUCCAAGCCUCACCAUGCCUCUGCCACCUCUAGACAUAUCAGUGGCUGAGCAGCAGCAGCUGGGAUAUAUGCCCCUUCGAGAUGACUACGAAAUUGAGUAUGACCAAGAUGCUGAGACUCUGAUCAGUGGUCUGUCAGUGAACUACGAUGAUGAUGAUGUGGAAAUAGAAUUAAAGAGGGCUCACGUGGACAUGUAUGUGAGAAAGCUGAAGGAGAGGCAGCGCAGAAAGAACAUUGCUCGUGACUACAACCUCGUCCCUGCUUUUCUAGGAAAGGAUAGAAAGGACAAAGAAAAACCUUCCAAACGCAAGAUCACAAAGGAUGAAAAAGAGCUGAGAUUAAAACUGAGGUCUCUCUACCAAUUUAUGUCUUGUAAAGAGUUUGACGAUUUCUUUGAAAACCUGCACAAAGAGAAGGUUCUGCGAACCAAGAUUAGAGAACUACAGCGCUAUCGUCGGAAUGGAAUCACAAAAAUGGAAGAGUCAGCAGAGUAUGAAGCCGCCAGACACAAACGAGAGAAGAGGAAAGAGAACAAAAAUAUUACUACUGCUAAGAGGGGAAAGGAAGAUGGUAAAGAUGGAGAAUUUGCUGCAAUUGAAAAUCUUCCUGGCUUUGAGCUGCUCUCGGACCGAGAAAAAGUACUUUGUAGCUCUAUAAAUCUGAGUCCAGCACGUUAUGUGACAGUUAAAACUAUUAUAAUUAAAGACCAUCUACAAAAAAGACAAGGCAUUCCAUCAAAAAGCCGUCUUCCUAGUUACUUAGAUAAGGUGCUAAAGAAAAGGAUUUUGAAUUUCUUAACAGAAAGUGGUUGGAUAUCCAGAGAUGCUUCUUGAAUCUUGUCUGUUUGCUAUGACAUAGUGUUCAUAUGAACAGAAGGCCUCAUCGUUGCCCAGAGUAACCUGUUACUAUCUUUUUUUCUCAAAACCUGGGAUUUCCCUUGUGAAAGAUUGAUACUCUCUGUUUAAAUGGAUUCUCCUUCAGUGUUGGAUCAUGCAAAAAUUGAAUGGUCCUAUUCUUAACUUUCUUUACCUGAGGAAGUUGGUGAAUGAGGUGGCUCACAUACAUUGACUAGUCUAUUAAAAGUGUGAUGCAGGGCCCUGACACUGGUUACUGCACAACAUCUUUGCAGUACGUGGUUUGUGGGGAAGAAAAGCCCCCAUCGGCUUGUGUUAUAGUUACCAUACUGGCCCAAAAUGCCAGCUUUUAUGCUGUUACUUGGGAGCAAGGCCCACGGCAUUCAAUGGGACUAAGUAAACCUGAAUAGCGUCAGGCUGCAUGCGUCUUUCUACUGAAUCCUGUACAUUGCAAUUGAGAAGUUAGGAUUUCUUGGUGAAUAUCCUUAUUUGUGAAUCUGUUUUUAUUGUUGGUUGUCAAAAGCAUUUGUAUUUUCAUGGCACUGGCAGCAAAGAGGAGUUGUUUCAUUUGCUUUAGAGGGGGCAAGACAUUAGGGCAUAGGUGUCAAACUCGUGGGGGGUUUUUGGUGAAGGCUUUCAUAGCCAGUGGGUUUUUUGGACUGCGUUGCCAUGGUCUGGUAGUUUUUGCUACUGACGUUUUUUCCGUAUCUAUGGCAUCUUCAGAGGCAUGCCACUGUGAGAUCUGUUUCAUGGAGAGAAACGUAUCUCACCCUGACAUACCUUGGAAGAUGCCAGCCAUAGAUGUGGGUGAAACAUUCGUGGCAAAACCACCAGACCAUGGCUGCGCAGCCCAGAAAACCCACAAAACAGCUCGUGGUUUUUUUGGUGGGCAGAUUCCACCAUGUCUACCCUUUGCAACAAAAAGAGCUAAGCCCGCUUUAGCGAAGACAGUCCAGCACGUGGCGGAUUCCGCUUAGUGUUUUGUUGUGGUUGUUGAAAAGGGUAUAGCUGAGUACAGAGCUGGGGGAAGCUUUUGGCAAAUCCCUCGCAUGUCAUUUGCAAACCCUUGUCAUGAUCCAGGGGCUCUCGCGUAGUUCAGUCGGCGCUCACCCACUUCUUUUAAGCAAUUAGAGGAGUGAAGAAUGCAUGCGUGCAUGUGUCGAGCGCCUCACUGAAAAGUGAAAACGGCUCAUUCACGUACGGUUUGGGAAACGCCCAUUGGGUAGCAGUAAUGCCACCCGAAGUGCACUGCUGCGUCAUGUGUUGGUUCCCACCACCUCUGAACAGAGCGGAUUCAUAGGAGGCAUCCAUGCCCCAUCUUGCUGUGGCCCCUGUGAUGAGAGAGGACGCCUGGGACACAGUGUCUCCCCCUGGAAAAGCUCACACAAGAGCAGUGGGGGGUGUCUUGUGCUGCUUCUUUUCCUUUUCUUGCUUCAAUCAUCCAUUGAGAAAUCAAGCCACCUCUCCAUAUUCAGGGACAGUUUUCUGGGGCAGCACAGAUAUUGUGAAGGUUAAAUGGCAAACGGGCUUCUGUAAACUUGUCACGUAGGAUCCCGCACAAGGCGCUUGGGACAAGGUUGUGUUGAAGCUGGUCAGACAUUUGAGAGCCCCUUUGGUCCUUUGGCCUCUGACUAAACGCUUGCUGAACUCCUCCUGGGCUGUUUGGCAGCAUGCAAAUUGUGCGCAGGCUUGGCUCCCAAUUGCUGGCAUCAGGCAGCUUCAUGCUGGGCACAGAGCAAAAAACCUUCUUGUUACAAAGGGCUACGCCAAAUUAAAACGCUCACAUUUCAGUCGCCUUUUAUCAGGGACGCGACAGCCGAAAUCGCAAUCCAGAGGUCUUGAUUUCCUUUGUUUGGCGAGACUCCACCUCCUAAGGCAGUGAUGGCGAACCUUUGGCACUCCAGAUGUUAUGGACUACAAUUCCCAUCAGCCCUUGCCAGCGUGACCAAUUGGCCAUGCUGGCAGGGGCCGAUGGGAAUUGUAGUCCAUAACAUCUGGAGUGCCAAAGGUUUGCCCCCAUGGUCCUAAGGGAAGCCUUUCCAGAUUGCUUUGGUCACCGAGAGGCAACUAAGUGUCUUGCUAGGUGGUGUCACUUAAAGGCCCGAAAACGUCUCUGCCUCGUGUAUGUUUUCUGUGGCACAGGGGGUGCUCUGGAUGUGUUGCUGCAGCCUUCUGGUUCUGAGAGGUUUCUGUUCUGCUCCCCUGGAGUCUGUGAGCUUUACUGUCCAUUACUGAGCUUGUCAUCGAAAAAUAAACAGCCCGCGUGGGCCUUGAAAAGCAA